GGAGCAGUGCCCAGCGGAGGCACCGGACGGCCAGAGUCAGCGGCACCAUGGCAGCUUCAGCCCCUGUUGCGCCAGGCACCAGCCGAGGUGGCUGGGCCAGCGGGACCCCCUCUGCCUCCCUGGUCACCACCACUAGCCUGGCAUUGCUCCUCUCCCUCCUCUUGCUUCUCCCCAGCUCCCUCCAGGAGCUCCGGGGGGCAGGGGGGCACGCAGCCCCACGGCUGCCCCGCAUGACGCCCUUCUGGAGAAUGGUGGGCAGCAGACCCCUGGGUGCCCACUGCCGGCACAGCCUCGAGUGCGUCACCAAGGCCUGCAGGGCUGGGCGCUGUGCCCCACCACAGUAUGAGUGCUGACAGUCACCAGCAACCUCAGCAAAGCCCACCCAGUGCCGGGACCACCAGAGACCGGGGUGCACCGUGCACUCACCACUGGGACAGGACUCCUUGGCAGCCAUGUGCCCUGCAGGGCCGAGCUGGGGAAGGACUGUGCCCCUGAGCUCCCUGGGGCAACGCCACCGCUCAGCUGCUCCGGAUGUUCUCUCUGUGCAGGCAAUAAAC